AUGAGACUGACACGCAGAGGUUGUCUUGUUAACUUUAUUGAACGGCGUCAAUGGUUUCUGGCCGGUUCAUAUCACGAAGGAUUGAUCCACGUGUACAGCUAUGAAACGGAAGUGCAGGAAGUCAAUAGUUUCUGUGCUCAUGAUAAAUUUCUUGAAUCAAUGGCCAUUCAUCCUACACAGCCUUAUGUGUUGUCAUCAUGUGAUACACAAAUAAAGGUUUGGGACUGGGACAAGGAUUGGGAGUGCAUAAGAACGUUUAUGGAACACUCCCAUACUGUAAAACAGAUUGCAUUUAACCCAUGGAACACCAACAGUUUUGCUAGUGCUUCAAGAGAUCACACAGUAAAGGUUUGGAGUCUUGAUUCUUCCAGAUCUAUGUGUACUCUUUCUGGGCAUUCGGACGAAGUGAACUGCCUAGAUUUUUUCAUGCGUGAUAAUCAGCAAUAUUUGAUUACGGGCUCUGAGGAUAUGACUGCCAAGAUAUGGGACCUGCAGAAAGAGAUGUGUAUUGAGACACUAAAAGGUUUCAUGUUUCCAGUUGUCUCUAUUGUUUCCCAUCCCAGACUUCCACUUGUAAUUAUAGGUACAAGAAACGGCAUCGUUCAUUUGUGGAGCUUGAGUAAUUUCAGGCUUGAGAGAAUUCUUCACAUUGGUUGUCAUCAAGGUGUCCGUGGUCUCGCCGCUUUGAUGGGGUCAACAAGGGUUAUCAUUGGACAUGGUUCAGCAGUAUCAAUGCUGGAGAUCCAUGAUGAAGAACCUGUUGAUAGCAAGGCCGAAAUGGAAGGCCCAUAUGAGCGGCAAGGAUGA